UUAGAGGCAGAAAACAAGAUAAAAAAUAUUCUGAACCAAUGGACUGCAGGCACAGUACAGGAGAUGACCAGAGACUGCAGACAUAGUACAGGAGAUGACCAGAGACUGCAGACAGUACAGGAGAUGACCAGAGACUGCGGACACAGUACAGGAGAUGACCAGAGACUGCGGACAGUACAGGAGAUGACCAAGAGACUGCGGACACAGUACAGGGGAUGACCAAGAGACUGCGGACACAGUACAGGAGAUGACCAAGAGACUGCGGACAUAGUACAGGAGAUGACCAGAGACUGCGGACACAGUACAGGGGAUGACCAAGAGACUGCGGACACAGUACAGGAGAUGACCAAGAGACUGCGGACAUAGUACAGGAGAUGACCAGAG